AUGGGGCUGGGGAUGCAUCUCCCUGUCACUUCCGGGCUUAGGUAUCUUCAACUUGCUGGCUUGAAGUCGUUUCCUGCCUUGCCGGAGCCGUUGAAAGUUUGGGGCGCGUGCGAAGGUGCAGGUUCUUUGGCGUAUGUCUUGCCCUGUGGCCGCACUUGGAAGCACCUGUCGGAGUAUGGUCUGGCGCAUCGGCUUGAGUUUUCUUCCGACAUUGACGCAUCUUCCCAGGAAGCUGGCUGCAAAGUGGUCUUCGACUGCCUGGCCAAAAUGCGCGACCGGAACCCAAAGACAUUCAUCAUAGAGGAGGCCGGGACGCAUAUUCUAUGUGUCUUCGAUCAUGAAGAAGUUCAAAAGCCAGUGAACGUUGGAGGUUCCGAGACCUCUGCCAGCUCAUGUGCAUCUAGCGUGGGUGACAGUUCCAACGCUGGUUCCUCGGAAUCAACGAGCAGCAGUGGGGAAGACAGAGACACUCCUGGAGAAGACCCCAAUGCCCAGGAGUUAGAUUUUCUUCGAAAACGGAAAAGGACUGAAAAGGCACGGGCUGCAUCUUUGCUCAGCAAAGCUUUGAAAAGGAAGGAAAAAUUGGAGACCCUGCCAUCUCAUCCGGCGGAUCCUUUUAGGGAGGAUUUGAGGUCAAGCUCAGAGCUGCUUCGUCCUGGCAUUGAAGCCCCCGAUAAAAGGCGCCGGCUGCGGUUGUUGUGGUCAUGGUUCGCAUCAUUUACUUCCAGCAUCAUGGCAUUCCUGCGUGAUCACCGUGGGAGGAUGCAGCACGCAAUCAAUGUUUGUAUCAUUGAUGACACGAACAUGCGGCUCUCAUUGGAUGGGCCGCAAAAGCCAAGCCGGGUUGUGAGCUGCAUGAACAACACACAAACUGUCUUAUUCAACGCCAAAACAGGCCAGCAGGAUGCAGGUGAGGCGAGCGCGGGCUUUAUUCGCAAGAGCUUCAUUGUGCACACUCCUUUGGUUCCAUUGCCACGUGCAAAUGCACGUGGUCUUGCCAGUGAAUUCUGCUCUUGGAUCUUCGCAUGGCUGGGGUGCAUAGGGGAGCGGUUUUUGCGAUUUGGAGCGGAGACAUUUGCAGGAAGUUCACCCGGCAAGAUUCCCAUCCAGUGUUUAGCAGCGAAUUCUUUUCGUCUUCAGUUUGGCAAAGCGAUGCUACAGGUCAUCAAUGCCAACUUUGUCUUUGUUCGAGUUGCUGAACUUCCAGAUGCCUUCAGCGCAUGGCAAAAAAAGCGGAAGAAGCUGGGCCUGUUGCUGGAGGACAUGCCCUAUCCUGGUUAUGGUGUGGAAAGAUUGAGAACCCACCAGAUGCUGGCAGCCUUGGACAACGGAGAGGAAGGGUUCUUAUUGCACCAAAUUCUGCCGCGGACACUGCAGCACCUCUCUGAAUCCCAUAAUCUGAUGUCGCAGGAUGACCAAGACUUGGAUGCAAUUUUGGCUGAGCAUGUGGAAGAAGGGGCUGGUGCUGCUGACCAAGAUUGGUCUAAGAUGCUCGUCACUGUCACUGCCCAGUUGACUUUCGCAGAGAUCAAUCAAAAGCGCAAACAACUUGCCUUUGAAGCGUUCCGCAAAGAUGACUUCAUGCCACGCACACUUCUACUUGAAGUCUUGGUGGAACCAUUGGUCACUGCCAUGGAUCGUCUUUUUGAAAGAACUGGUGCAAUUUCUGCCCUGCACCACCUUCCAUCUUUGCAGACCGAAGAGCACACGAAGCUCAUGGAAAGGUCUGUAGACAUGUUCAAGACCUACAUGUCUGGACGUUUCGGCGAGAAUGUUCUUGAUCUGUAUCUCGCAAAGCUGAAAUCUUUCCCUGAUCUUGAGAUGCCGCAAAUGGCCAAGCAUUGCUUCAUUGCCGGCAUCGUCACCAUGGGGGACUGUUGGCGUAGAUUUUGCUUCGAGCGGGAUCGCGCCCGGACACAAGGAUUUCCGUGCAAGCUGUUUGUCUUGCUGGACAUGGCCUCCAACGAUGAGUUUUUGGAGAAGUACAGGGAGUUCCAAGAUCUUGCAACAAAGUGUCCUGAUUGCAUUGACAUGGAGUUCAGCAUGCCGGUCUUGUCUUUCAUUCCAAAGAGCUUGGGUGGCGAGGAGGUGUGGUCCAAAGUCGGUUCCUUGAGGAGCUUCUUGACCGACCUUGCCAUAUUCACCCCAUUGUCAUCAGAUGCGGUAGAAUGUGUCCACGGGCUCUACCAGGCAAAGUUACACAGGUUUAGAGGGCGAAAGCCUUCGGAUUCGAAAGCCCAAGAGUUGGGGCUUUGGGCAGUGAUCACUGGUUCCUACGAAAGGUUUCGAAGCCGUGUGUGGGAUGAGAUUGGUGACAAGGGGGCCAUGCAUCGGAUGUGCCGGUACGGGAGGAAGGGUAGCAACCAGUACACGGACCGACAGGAAAGGCCGACAGGACCAGAGACUCCACAUGCUGAAUCGUCCGUGUGGAAAAUGGGACACAUGGACAAAGUUUGCACGCUGGAAAGUCUUGCCAAGAAGAACAGCUUGGCGGAGGAGAAGGCGGAGGACGAGGACGAGGAGGACGAGGAGGAGGACGAGGAGGAGGAGGAGGAGAAGCUUAGUGCGAGGGACAAGGAAAAGUUCGAGGCUGAAGCUGCGCAUGAACAAGGUCUACGUGAGGAAGCUGCCAUGCAGCCGUUUCAAUCGAAGUCAGACAAAUCCAAAGGGUGGCGCAAGCUUGGCAAUGCUUCUUUUGACGCUGCAUCAGCCAUUCCCAGAAGUGGUUUGAGGGCAGUAUCACGUGCUCGGCUGCAAGAAACGUACAAAGGCUUUUGCGAAGACGAUGUGUGGUCAACUUGGAACGGCGGCAUUUCCAGUGCCGAGGGGUGCUUGAAGCUUGAUCUCAUUGAUUUGAAUUCAACGGAUCUGGACAUUUCGGCGUCCUGGUCGAAGGUCUUCAAGGACCCUGUGGAUGGUAGCAGGCUUUGGCAGAGUGAGUCGGUUGAAGGUUGCAAACAUGACGUUUGCCAAGCGCUUCAUGGCGUGUGCUCGAAGAUGCCACAUGUCAAGCUGGCAAGCAAUUUUGUGCUGACGAUGCACAGACUUAUUUCAGAUGGUCACUUGGCACCUGGUGAUUUGUUCAGCUUUUGUGUGUGUCGUCACCAGCGCUUUUUCUUCAUGGGACCCGCUUUGAAGAAGCCUAUUGUGCAAGUUGUUCUAGAAGGCGAGCCAUCUGCAGAUUUCUCACAGAUUUCCAUCGGCAAGCCGAGCUUGCAGCACAUGUUAGUCGGUGCAUGUGCUUUAUCGUUCACAUACGCGCGCGCUUUGCUUGCCUAUGUGGGGGCGGGUCUGGCGCGCUUCUACACGCCAACCGUGGAUGCAAUUUUGCAACUGCUCAAAGAUUCGCUGCCUGCAACCUUGCAGACGUUAGAGACCACCAAUCAAAUGUCAUGGUGGACAAGCCACCAGCUUUUCCAAGAUCUCUUGAGUUCGACAUGGGCUACUAGCACUUUGACCAUUCAAAUUUUCCAGUACACCUUGGAUCCUGACCAACCCUUGCUCUCUGUCAACGUGCUGAAAGAUGCCGUUUCUACCCAUGUUCUGGAUGUAAACAAACGCAAAAAGCCAGCCCAGAAGCGGAAGACUUUGCCAUUAGGUGUUCGGCCGCAACCAAAGAAACGAAGGACCACAGUGAAGCCCAAGUCCGACCACGCUACCGCACCUUUUACAACCAGAGGUGGUUUGCUUGGCGCCUUGCUGAAACCAUUGGAUGAAGAACACGAAGGCAGCUUGGAUGACUUCGUUGAGUCCAAUGAUUCAGCAUCAGAUUCGUCCAGCAACGAGACUGAAACUGGCUUCACUUCUGAAUCUGACACAGACACAGAUGCUGAGGAGGUUUUGGCCAACCCAGGUCAAAGACGUGAGGAAAAAGCGACAGAUGAGAUUUUACAAAGUCACGAAGCAUUUGAAGAAGAGAAGGAACCGUUGCAUCCACCGAUCCCUGCUGCAGAGGCCUCUGCAAGGAUGAGACCCACGACCCAAUGCAACAGCUCAAUAGGCGUGUGCGAUUUGAGCACGCAAGUUGCAGCAAGACUUGCCAAGUGCAAGUACUGUGGGGAGAAGAUCCAGCGUUUCGCCCCAAUUGACUUUUUCCUUCGUGGACGGGAUGACACGAACGUCUACGGCCUGUUGGAAGAGAGCGAAGGCUUCAAGCCAUACUAUGUGAAAGUGUUGAAGCUGAAGAGCAGCUGGUUUGGAUCACCCAAUACCCGCCAGAGAUGCUUCAUUGUUGGAGCGCGGCAAGAUGUUUCUGACGAGAUGGAUUUGGAGCGUCUGUGUGCAUGGGUUCUGCUUGAGUGCCCCACGGUUCACGAAAGAGCAUCCUUGGACAAAUGCUGGGAGCAUUGCGUGGACAGCGGAUUGGAUUUGUCUUUUCCUCCAGUGUCCAAGGACCACGCAGCACGGAAGUGCGAGAAGGCCCAAAAGAAGGAGAAGAAAUUGUUGAAGCGCCUUGGGGUCUUGGGUGGAGGUUGGGGGCAAUACUGCUCCAAUUUAGAACGUCACGAGAGGCACCUUCUGAACCAACGUGAAAAAGUGAAGUUGGAUGUGGAGUUUGCCAAGUUGAAGCAGCAGAGCAAGGACAGUGGAAUCCAGCAUCUCGACACCUACGUCGAUGUGGCCCGCAGCAGUGCAAACGGCAUGGGCGUUUACCCCCAGGGGCUUGGAUCGGCGUUCAGCUGCUGCAUGAAGUUGUGGCAUUUGGGCCGCAAAUCCUUCGUCCCAGCGGAGGUGCUGAUGGCAGGGCAGGGCUUCGAAGUUUCCGAUUUUGUUUGGACGGAAAAAAGCUAUCGAGUAUACAACCGGCUUGCGGGAAACACGGUGACAACGUCCGUGCUGGGCGCACUGGUGGUGGGUUUGACCCUGGGAAUCCUCUUGAAGGAUGACUCUGGAAGGCCGUUUCUGACACAGACUUACGUCCCUCCAACCAACGAUUCCGAUUCGGAUUCAGAGACAGAUAGCGGAGAUGAGGACAGCGACGAUAGCAAAUCCAGCACAAGUGACCCUGAUGGCAGCAGAUCGGUUUGGGAGGACUGUCCCUCCGGCCACGAAAGUGAGAUGGAGGUUCACAGGGUGAAGGAGAAGGCGGAGGACGAGGACAAGGAGGACGAGGAGGAGGAGGAGGACGAGGAGGAGAAGGAGGAGGAGAAGGAGAAGUUCAAUGAAAGGAGGAAGGAGUUUGUCCACGAUAAGAUUCUGCGGCCCACCAAGAAACCAAGGCACCCCAAGUUAAACUUGAAAGAGAUCAUCAAGAAAUCAGAGGAAGACUAUGUUGACUUCUGCCAGGCUUCGCAGGGCUUCGUAGUGAAGCAGUUUCAGUUUGUAGGCUUUGCCUCACACAAGCAGGAAGCAGAGCUCCUUUCAAUGGCAGACUACAUCCAGAAACAUGUCAAAACGCGCAAGACCUUCAAGAACGAGAGGGAACGAAAGGAGUUUUUGACGAAGACCUUGGGUUUGAAGCUGCAGCGGGACCCAAAGAAAAACCAGCUGUGCGUGCCAGUAGCAGGCAAGACAAUUAUGAAAACAGGUCUCCGGAUGUCAGCGGCCAGGGUCAAAAACCAGACUUUUGAAGAUGACAAAGGUGGUUCCAAGGAAGCGUACGCACGAGCUCAGGAGAGCAUUGCUGCAUCUGCAAAUAUCAACACGCAGGACAGAGCUCUUAGCCUGCAUGAUGGUGUGGCCCGGGUUCCCGAAUUGGGGGGUUGUCAGUUCACGCAUGUUGGCACUGUGCUUUCUUUGGCCGCUUGUGAUCUUUCGCUUCCAGAUUUCCAGCCUUCCAUUCUUUUGCAGCAUGAGGAUAUUGAGCGAGCUCAGAAGGAUGCUGAGGAGGACGACCGGAGUGAUGACGACUCUGACAGCGAUUCCUCUUCGAGCAGCAAGGCAUCCUCUAAGUCCAGCUUUGGGGCUGCAGCCAUGGAGGACGAAGAGCCGGCCAAGAAGAAUUCGAAGCGCAAGAGUGCAGCGUCUUCCAGCAAAGCAAAGGCAGCACCAAAGCCGGUGGCAAAGCAGAAGGGAAAGAAGGACAAGGAGAAAGCCGAAGUAGCAAAGUCCAUGGAGGCGGCCGAGAAGUUCUUAGCAAGCUUGAAAGAACUGCAGGUGCACACGCUUUGGAAAAGCUGUGUGCGCUCCAACGAAGUCGAUCGCCGCUUGUCCAAAGAAUCCACAGUGGUGAACGGGCUAGACAGUGCCCUGUCCUAUGACGGCUGCCCGGAGGACGUGGUGACCAAGGGCAAACAGAUGGUGACAGAUAUCCAGAAUCAGUCCAGACUUGUGACAAAGCUCAAGGAGUUCUGUAAGAUUCUGCGGGGCAUCCAGUUGACGGAUUUGGUUUCUGAGGUGCACUCUCCAGGUUCGCUCUGCUCACUGAUGUCUGUUGAUGAUUGCGAGCUUGGCAAACACUUGGCAGCUGACACCGGCACCUUCCAGGACAUCAUGGGCUUUGUGGCCAAAAAGCUGCUUGACGACCCCGUGUUCUUCAAUUUCAUCCGGAUCUGCAAGGAAGCGGAGAAAACAAAGGCCACCUUCAGUUUGCUGUGGUUUAGUAUCUUAGAGCACCAGGAUGACGCGAAGUAUUGGAAGGCGUUGCUGAGGAUCCAGCAGCAGGCCGUUUUUGAGUGGUUCGAUCGUUUCCGGACUGGCAUUGAUGUUGACGCUGUGCAGAAAUGUUUGCCCGAUGAUUUGCGCACUGGGGAUUUCCGUGACGAAACCAAAUGGCUGCCUACGCCAGAUCAAGAAGGUGACUUCAAGAAGUACCAGAAUGAAAGUGGUUUGAAUUGGAGCCUCAUGGCGGAUGUGCAGCGGAUCUUCGUUUGCUUGGACAUGCACCGCAAGUUGAAGGAGAAAGAUUUCAAAAUCGAUGCAAAGUACCUCGUGGCCGUGACUGGUUGCAAGGCGUUCAGUUCCAAGAUUACAUUGGUGAUGGGUGCUCAUGCGGAUUGGAGGUGUUGGCUUUCCUACACAUCAGAACCCUGUCAACUGCAGUUUUGGGCUGAUGAGGGUUUGGAUUUGGCAGCACAAAAGUACAAGGGAAGCUCUGAGAGCACUUUCAAAGAGGAAAAGAUGCAGUAUGAAACAAUGUCGCGGAACGAGUUUGCAGCGCAGCGUCAGAAAAGUAUGGAGGCUGGCGUGGGCAUUCGGUUCCGACAGGUCAAGGGCACAGACCUCGCUGAAGCUUUCCCUGUGAAGGCAAGAAAUUCUUUUGCCAUUUUCUUGAAUGAUCAGAACCAAAGUGUGAAAAAGGGCCGUAAGGCAUGGUCGAAGCUGUCAGAGGCUGAGAGAGAGAGCUUUUCGGAGCGGGCCAAAAGCUGGAAUGAGAAGAUCAAACAGCAGCAGGCUUCAGAUAGCGCAGGUCGCACGACAGCUGAAGGUGAGCUCAAGUCGCAGAUGCCGGAAAGCCGUGCAUUUCUUGGGGAGAAUUUCAUGGUAAAGGACACCUUUGUUAAAGGCAGUGGAACUUACGGUACUGUCUACUUGGUUGAGGAUACGGUGACUUUCGCGCGCUAUGCUGCCAAAGUUGAAACAAAGACAGUGAGCCUUGGAAGUGAAAUUUCCUUGCUACACCAGUUCCACCAUCCUCACAUUCUUCCAGUGCUUCAGAGUCACAUCGUUCCCUUCGGGCUGUCCUAUUUUAUCAUGCCCCUGGUGCAGACGUGCCUGUCCCGCUAUUUGCGGUGCAACGGUGCUUUGGAUUCUGAUGGCCAACGGGCCUUUUGGCAACAACUGAUGAAUGUCCUCGCGUAUAUUCACGGUCGACAGGUGGUUCAUGGAGAUUUAAAACCUGGCAAUAUCUUACUUGAGCCACACAAGCAGCACUAUUACCUUGCCGAUUACGGCUUAGCCAUGGUGCUGCCGGUGCCGUUGGAGAGAAAGCGAGUUCAAGAUUUCACAGAGGAGACAGCCAGCAAUUUGCCUGGCCCUUUAAUGCGAAGGUCGCUGUGGCAGAGCGCAUUGGCUUACCGAGUGGAUGCUGCGGUGACACCAGAGAAUUUGAAAACGGCUUCGGACUUUACGUCAAAGAUCCAAGAGGUCACCGAGCUUGCCCUGUCAGAGUCGAUUCACUUUGACUUUGAAUCCCUCUUUAAGAUGCUGCCUGAUCCAUGUCGGCUCCUUACCAAGCUUCAGAGUGGCGACGUUGCAGAUGCUGAAGGCUUGGCCACGAUCAAUCUGAUGGCGGAGACCCUUCCGAAGUUUGAGAACUGGGUCACUCACCUGUGCGACUAUGAAAAGGACCUUGCAAACAUCCUGGACUUCCUGAAGCAGUCGGAAACGAAAGGGGGCAUUGGAGAUUUGUCCAAGAUGUCGCUCAGUGUGCCACAGCUUCCGACAAAGUUGGACCAUGGAUUUUUCACCAGGUGUACCAUCCUGCAGAACCUCAGCUUGCCAACGUUGCAGCCUGAUUGCCUGUGUCGGCUGAUGCUAGUUUGGCGGCAGCUUGUCUCAGACUUUGAGCAGCCCGAUGAUGAAACCGAUGAGAUCUCUCUGAUCAAGGUCCAUGUGAAGUUCGCCAAGGCCUUGCUGUCUUCAGCAAAGCAGGAGUUGGCAUUGGUGGAGAAGGAUGUGAAGGAUGGCAUGGUGAAAGAGGUCGUGGCUUCGAUCGUGGAGUAUGCCUUGACCUGUGCCAGCAUCAGCAGCGCAAAAAGCCUGAGCCUCAUGAUGUUGCAGCCCGAGAAGGAUUGGGAGCCACAGGCCUUGUUGGUGCCUGAACAUUUGGGAGUGGCCACUUUCUUGCUUGAGAAGGAGAAGCUGGCCGCAGAGUCCAAAGAUUUGAAGAAGGCUGACCUGAAAGCCUUGGCUGCCCAGAUUCCUCGCUGUGAAGGUGUGGCCUCAGCCUUGCACUCAAAGCUGAUGCAGGACGAGCUUCUGAAGUCAGUCAAAGGUGUGUGCGAGACCUACCUCCGUGAGUUUGAGGUUGCAGGCCUCUCCAGCUUGAAGUCCGUGCAGGCCUCCACCCUCCGUGAGCUUGAGACUUUUGUGCAGAAAUUCAAGCCGCUUGUCAAGUUGUCGCUUGAUUGGGAUGAGGAUAAAGUUGGCAGAUAUCGUCCCAUGUUUGCCGGCGACGAAGCAAAGACAGACUACACGAAGAUGAAUGAAAACAUGGAGGUGAUGGAGUCACAGCUGAAGGUUUUGAACUCCCUUGCCUCACAUUGCUCAGGCCAUGAUCCUGUCAAAGGCCUGGUGGAAUUUGCAAAGGAAACCAAGGAAAAGUGUGCUGCCACCUUCUUGGAGACCAAGGAAACUGCAGCGAUUGUGAUGUAUGCCGCCUUCUUUCUUGAGGAGGAUGGAAACGAGGAGCAUGGGAUGCUGGAGCUGGUUCAAUAUGUCAAGAAGACAUACAACUUUGGCAUGGAGCAGUUGGGUGGCAAGCUGAAGGUGAUGGCUGGCACCGCUGCUGAAAAGGAGGCGGCUGAGAAAACCAAAAAGAAAGGGUCAGAAUUGAGCAAAAAGGACACUGCGAAGAAGAAGGACAUUCAGAAGAAAAAGGAGAAGGAGAAGGACGCUGAGAAGAAGAAAGACAAGAAGGUCAAAGUGAAGAAGGAAAAGAAAACCAAAUGA